CUCAGCUCCGUGUGGAUGUAGCUGAUUGCUUGCCUAGCAUAUGCAAGGCCCCAGGUUCAGUCCGCAGCACUCAUCCAGACAUACUGUGCAUGCCUGUAACCCCGGCAGUCAUGAGUCUCAAGCAGGAUUACAAAUUUGAAUCAGGUUGGACUACAUGGCAAGGCUCUAAAUAUAAAGAUUCACUUACUCGGGGUGAAGUUUGUACCUGCCUAAGAAGCAGCAGAAUCUCAGGUGACCCCCCGGGACUCACCACCCACUUCCCCUCUCUGCCUUCCAGAGCCAGCGUGUUUCCCCUCCACCUGACCCCUGCUCACCAGGGCAGUCGUGUUUCACUCACCUUACACCUACCAGCCUACGACUGAGCUGCCCAGGAGGCAUGAGCACUUCCAAGCUCUAUACCUUAGUGCUGGUGCUGCAGCCCCAGCGGGUCCUCCUGGGCAUGAAGAAGCGGGGCUUCGGCAUGGGCCGCUGGAAUGGCUUUGGGGGGAAAGUGGAAGAAGGAGAGACCAUCGAGGAUGGGGCCAGAAGGGAGCUACAGGAAGAGAGUGGUCUGACAACAGAGAUGUUGCACAAAGUGGGGAAAAUCGUGUUCGAGUUUGUGGGCAUCCCCGAGCUAAUGGAAGUGCAUAUCUUCUAUACAGAGAGCGUACAGGGAACACCUGUGGAGAGUGACGAAAUGCGACCUCAGUGGUUCGCCCAGGACCAAAUCCCCUUCCGUGACAUGUGGCCCGAUGACAGCUACUGGUUCCCGCUCCUGUUCCAGAGGAAGAAGUUCUGCGGCUACUUCAAGUUCCAGGACCAGGACACUAUCCUGGACUAUUCGCUACUUGAGGUGGACCACGUUUAGCGCUGAGCCUACUGGUGGCCAGGAGAGGGCGCCUUGGCAGCAGCUCUCCUGUCCACAUGCUCACAAGGCCAGCCUCAUGAGGUGUCAGAGGUGACUGGAUCCAAGGGAGGGCCUUCAGCAGUGUGGCUUGUCCUGUCCCCAGGGAGCUGCCUGUCGUGCCGCUGUCACACAGACACUGGACAGAGGUGGGAGGGACUGGGUAAAGGAGGGCCUGCCAUAUGAUCUAGUGUCCUUUUAUUGCCACCCCCCACUUUGUGAUUCCUACCCUUUCCCAGUGGGGAAACAGAGACAAACAAGAGUCAAAAGCCAUGGGGCUGGGAAGGUGGCUCAGUGGUAGAGCGCUUGUCUAGCUUGCAUGAGACCCUGGGUUCGAUUCCUCAGC